AUGCCUCCGAUGACGAAAACACCUUUCUCCUCCAAGAAUCCGGCCACUCUGGCUAAGAGCUUCUCGACUGGCAGCCCUCACCCACAAGGCAUCAUCGGCGAGGUUGUAUGUCCGCUUUUCAACAGCGAUGGGUCGCAAUGCCGCAAGAAGUGUGUUGGUAACUUUGCAUACCGCUCCAUCUGCGAACACAUCCGCCGCGCGCACCCCGACAACUGGAUCCCGAAGCUUCCGGCGAGCCCAGAGACAUUCGCGAAGAUGGUCGGAAUCGUACCGAGACAGAACACCAACGGAAUGCAGAUCGCCAAUGGCAUGAUGCACCACAUUCCCGUCCAGCAGAUGCGGAAACCCACCGUUGCUCGGAAACCGUCAAAACUCUCGAAGUCAAUGGAUGAUGAUCACUACCACGACCUCUCCCCUCCAUCCUCGGCCACCGACUCGGAAGCCCCCAACCUCCCAUCACUCUCCGUCGCUGCUGCCUUCGCCGCACGAUUCCCGGUCUACGACUACCCCUCUCACACCGAGGACGAUGACGACAUGGACGGCGAGCACGAGCUCGACGAGGAGAUGCUCCGGGGCCAUACUGAGACCGAGACCGAAGACGAGGAGUACUCCAACCCAUACUCGCACUUCCCCCCCUACGCACACAUCCACCACCACCACCACGCCCUCCCUCCAUCACGCCCACGCAGUCAGAAGCCGAAAUCCCAGAAGCGAAAGCGCCAGAGCACACUCGACUCGACCACCUCGACGUCUUCCUUCCCCAGCCGCUGGGACGAGCUGAUCGAGGCCGCCACCAACCGCGCCGUCGUCGAGAUGCCCCUCUCCCCACCACAGACCGCGCAAACACUGCCGAGCAUCUGCCCAAAUACCCCAUCGGGUAUGUCGGAAGCUAGCUCCGAAGGCAACCAGUGUGGACCCAAGGUAGAGUGCACCGAGUGCCGAUCACUUGUGGGUCUUAACCGAGCUUUCGUAUGCACCGAGUGCGUCUCCGGAUUCUGCGAGCCAUGUGCCAUUGACAACGCAAAGCGUGGCGUUUGCAGCGAGUGCAGAGUCAUCGGCGCACGAUGGAGGCCUUUGAAGAUUAAUGUUCUCUCGGGGUGAACACGGAGCACGAUGGCGUUUCUGUGCAAAGACUUGUUGCAUAUUGUUAUUUGGCGUUGAAGGAGUUUCUGAGCGGCUUCCGGGGGUCGUGGAGUGGUGUGGGGGAGCCUCGGCUGGGUAGCUGUUUUUGGUGAGGAUGCUUUUUUGGUGUACGGAGUUUCGGGUUCACUGGUUGCUUCGUCCGGAUUGGCUUUUUUGGGAGCGCGCUCUGGAAUUCGGUGCCAGCCUAUGGGAGUCGAAUAAGACAUCACCCAUCGUCUACCACCACCACCACCUCUUCCACUACCACCACCACGACACUGUUUCUCUUUUGGCCAUUUCUCGGUAGGAACCUAAUGGGGAGCCUCCCCGUCGCCGCUGUUGCGCUGCGGGUCAGAUGGCUUGUGUAGGACACGCGGACAGAAAAUCGAACGAGCGAACGACCGCACGU